UUUCACACACACAUGCACAUUCUCUCUCUUCUCUCUCUCUCUUAAUCAUCAUCAUCCUCAUAAUCGUCAUCUCCAUUCAUCUCUGUCCUUUCUCUCUCUACAUUUAUCAUUUUUAUCUCUCCUCCACAAGGUGAGUGACCCUUCCUUUUUGGGACAGUACAGGAGUGCUGCAGUGGAAUUCAUGAUGAUGGUAGUGGUGAUUAUUCUCUUCUUCGUAUUCUCCUCCUAAGCUCUCUCUCUCUCUCUAUAUCUAUUAUUCUCUUUUGCUUCUUUACUGCUGGACGACUUCUUCUUCUUCUUCUACAAAAACCCAUAUAUAAAGAUCAAAUCUUUUUAUUUAUCAGAAUAAGAAAAUCAAAUCUGAAGAGGGGAUGCAGCAGCACUAACUCAUAGGAGUUCUCUUUCCAGUUGUUUAAACUCUAAACCUCCCCCUUCUCUCCAAUCUCUUUCUCUCGUUUUCUUUCCUUUCUUUUAACAACCUAUUCAUCUAUUUCCAAUCUUUCCUUGCCCACCAUUUCUCAUCAACCAAGCAGUCCCCUCACCCCCUCUCUCAUAGAGAGGAGGGUGUGUGUAGCAAAAAAACCCAAUUGGUCUUAGAUUCAAGCAUGAAGACAAAGUUUGUCCAGCUCUGCCGCAAGUUGUACUUGAUUAGAAGGAGAAUUCUUGAUUGAGAAAAAGGAUGCAAGGAGGAAGUUGUACUUGAUUAGAACGAGAAUUCUUCAUUGAGGAAAAGGAUGCAAGGAGGAGGAGGAUCGCAAUCCCUAUAUGGGUUGUCUACAUCAACGGCUGAGAUUACUCCUCCUGCAACUGCAGGUUGUGACAGUACCCACUUGAUGGAACAGCCAGUAGUGGCUGCCUCACCCAUCAGCAGCAGACCGCCUGCCGCUGCCAGUUUGGAUGAGCUUAUGGGAUUGGCAGAACCAGCUGGAGCGGAUGAGGAUGGUUUAGAAGGCGGUGGAGGAGGCGGAGGCGGAGGAAGUGGUGGUGGCAAUAGAUGGCCCAGGCAAGAAACAUUGGCUCUAAUCAAGAUUAGGACUGAUAUGGAUACUGCCUUUCGUGAUGCCACCGUCAAAGGCCCUCUCUGGGAAGAUGUUUCCAGAAAACUAGCGGAGCUUGGAUACAGAAGAAAUGCCAAAAAAUGCAAAGAGAAGUUCGAGAACGUACACAAAUACUACAAGCGAACAAAGGAAGGCCGAGCCGGUCGUCAAGAUGGCAAGAGCUAUAAAUUCUUCGAACAGCUGGAAGCUCUCUACAACACCAACUCCGCCACGGCCACCGCCUCCACCAGCACCCACCACGUUUUAGCCUCCCAGGCAAUGCCGAUUACCACCGCCACGGCCGUAGCAGCCUCCGCUAGCCUUGAUGUCUCUCCUGUCUCUAUUGGGAUCCCGAUCUCAUCAGUUGGAAUUACUCAACCACCCCCUACUACUACUUCUGUCCGGAUGUCUUUCAAUGUGUUUCCUCAUGAUCUGACUGCCGCCAUGCCGUUGCCGCCCACGCCGCUUACUGGGUCUGCAGCUCCGCCUCCAGCGUUUACCGCUGGCGUUGGCUUUUCGUCGAACAGUUCGUCUUCUUCUUCUCAGGGUACUGACGAUGAAGAUGAAGAUGAUGAUGAUGAUGAGGAUGAUGAUGAAUUUGAACGACAACCACGGUUGAACGCAGCUGAAAGCAGCCGCAAAAGGAAGAGGCGGCCCGGUGGCAACAUUACGAGGAGGAUGAUGGAGUUCUUUGAGAAACUAAUGAAACAGAUGAUGCAGAAACAGGAGACAAUGCAGAAGAAGUUUCUGGAGAUAAUUGAGAAGAGAGAGCAAGAUAGAAUGAUCAGAGAGGAAGCUUGGAAGAGACAAGAAAUGGCAAGAUUGAGCCGAGAACACGAGCUUAUGGCUCAAGAGAGGGCCAUCUCUUCUUCCAGAGACGCCGCCAUUGUGUCAUUAUUACAGAAACUUACUGGGCAGACCAUCCAAUUGCCUCAACCUGUCACCAUCCCCCCAUUCACUCCGCCACCGCUGCCAGUGCCGCCAAUCCACCUGACCCCAUCCAUGCCGCCGCCGCCGCCACCACCAUCAGUACCACAACAGCAGCAACCGCGACAGCAACAGUCGCAAUCAGUUGUUUCAGAAGUACUAGAGCAGCAAAUUCCACCCCAGGAUGUUAGUGGUGGCGGGACCUACGAAUCCAUCUCAUCGAGAUGGCCAAAGGCGGAGGUUCUUGCGCUAAUAAAUUUGAGAAGUGGGCUUGAAUCAAGGUACCAAGAGGCGGGUCCUAAAGGUCCACUCUGGGAAGAGAUUUCAGCAGGGAUGACCAGGUUGGGUUACAAGAGGAAUUCCAAGAGAUGCAAGGAAAAAUGGGAGAACAUCAACAAAUACUUUAAGAAAGUGAAGGAAAGUAAUAAGAAACGGCAGGAAGACUCCAAGACUUGCCCUUACUACCAUCAACUCGACGCACUUUAUACGAAAAAGGUUGUCAGCAGCACCAGCGGAGGAGGUGGUUCAAGCACCGGUGGCACUGCAGAGCAGUGGCAGCAGCAGGAGAGCACAAACAUUGAGCCUCUGCCGGCAACAAGGCCGAGCAAUUUGCCUGUUUUGACACCAUCACCGCGCGUAGAACAAGCCUCCACCGAGUCACAAAACAAAAAUGUAAGCUUGGCAAGCAGCCUUUUUGAAGAAGGAAAUGGAGGAGAAGCAUCAGAGGAGCCAGAAGACCUUGUGAAGGAGUUAAUGGAGAAGCAAGCAGGGCAGACACAACAGCAGCAGCAAUCCCAUCAGCAGCAGCGACAACAGUUAACGGUUGACGACUAUGACAAGACGGAGGAAGCUGCUGCUGAUAGUGAGAAUACUGAAGUGGAAGAUGAAGAUAUUGAAGAUGAUGAGGAUGAUGAAUUAGAAGAGGAGAGGAAGAUGGAUUACAAGAUAGAGUUUCAAAGACCGAACACAGGCGGCGCCUCUAAUGGAGGAGGAAAUGGAGCACCCUCCUUCAUGGCCAUGGUUCAAUAGCAGCAGCAGCAGCAGCUCCAGAGUGUAACAUAUGUACCUACACUUGUUCAGAAGCUCAAACAAGAUAAAAAGGCCUAACCACCAUAAAUUCUUCCUUUAUACUUCUCAUUUUUCUUCUUUCUUUUUUGCUUUUGGUUCCUUUUAUCAUCUGUCAAAUGUUCUUCUUUAUUUUUCUUCUCUUGAUCAAUCAGAUCAUUCCUUUCCAUUUAUUGAUUAAUUUGUUGGUGAAUAAAGUACUUUUUAUAGGGAAAAUGGGAAGGAUUGGUCUAAGUGUAGAGGGAAUAAGCUUUGACAUUAGCUUUGGAUAAUAAGAAUUUAUUUAUCUUUGAUCAUAUUGAUUCUGUAAA